GUCACAAGGCCCGCAACUCCCCUCCUGCCGCCUGGUUGGCCCUAGGAAGAGAAAAGGAGCCGGGGCUUGCCGGGAAUCCCUUCUGUCAUUGGACAGUGUUCAGCUUUUAGGGGCGGAGCGGCAUGAGUCAGAGAACGCAGGUGGUUGAAGAGUCGGCAUCCGCCUCUUCGUUGAGCGAACCAAGCGCGGGGCGAGACAGACUUUACAGAAUGGUGAGUUGUGCUUCCUGCCCGCAGUUCUUCAUGCAUUAUAAAACAGUGCCUGCUCCCGCCUCCUACUUAUGAGGACCAGAGCUGGUAAAUCUGUCUGUUUGCCCGCCCAUUCCAAUCUCUUCAAAGCCUGCCCACCCCGGAACAUCUUUCACCCCCCACCCAUCAUGUUAUUCGUGGUUUUCUCGCGGUUUCCUAUGAUAAGCUGAGGCGAGUAAAAACAACGCCAAUACGAAUCUGGCAGCACACAAUGCUCCUUUGAAUGUUUACAGGGAAGUAAGACCCACUGAGUUCCUUGCAGGUAAGUGUGCCAUUUAGCUUUAUAACUGAUGCCUCCAUCUCAAAUUUAGAAGACUGUGGGGCAGCAGUGCCCAAGCCCUAGAUCUCUUGUGCCAGCCCCCAUCUUUCCUGCCCCUCUCCACUUUUUAGACUUAGUUGGGGGAAGGGUUACUUGGCUUUCAGGGUGACUGGGUCUGCUCGGUUUGCCCCAGACGUCUGUGCAAACUUGUGUCGUGCCUCCAAGUAGCAAGCAGCAUUCCUUCUCUGAGGCAGUUUGAACAGCCACUAUUCAACACGCCUUCUUCACACAAUGUGCAUGUGUGUGUAUAAUGGUAAGACCGCCAUCACACAGCCUCCACUAGAAGAUUUGCAGUGUCACAUCACAAUCCUGGAUUUGCAUGAAGUCGUGGUGGGGUAGGGGUAGGGGAGUCAAAGAGAAGACAGGUUGCACAACAGCUGUGGCUGUGGCAUGAGAACUAGAAGGGAAGGACACUGAGAGGGGAAAGAAGUGGGAAAAGUCUGAAUAGAUUUGCAAAAAAGGUUUUAACAAGGAGAAAUAGCAGAGGUGCAUACAAAACAGAAGCUAACACCGAAAAGGUAACACAACAGAGCCUCUCUCCACUCCUUUCUGAAGCGUUGUUUUAAACCACCACUUUCCCCUUCAGUUAUCUCCUUCUGCUUGCUCUACUCUGUUAUUUAAAACCUCAAUUUUCCACUCACUGUCGCCCUCUGCCACUGUUUAAAACUGCCAUUUUCUUUUCAGCGCCUCUCAUUUUUUUUUUUUUUUUGUACAGUGGUACCUCAGGUUAAGUACUUAAUUCAUUCUAGAGGUUCGUUCUUAACCUGAAGCACCACUUUAGCUAAUGGGGCCUCCUGCUGCCGCCGCGCCGCCAGAGCACGAUUUCUGUUCUCAUCCUGAAGCAAAGUUCUUAACCCGAGGUACUAUUUCUGGGUUAGCGGAGUCUGUAACCUGAAGCGUAUGUAACCCGAGGUACCACUGUACUCAAAUUUUCUCCCUCUUCCUUUCCUCAGCUGCCCUGUGUGAAAGAGUUAAAAGGAUGCAGAGCCCUCAAAUAUUCCACAGUACUUUAGCACAAUGUAUUUCAUCCCUGGUACCAUGUGUUGUUUUCAACAUGAAGUUCCAGAUUCAAUGUAAUCAUUUAGAAUAGGUAUUUUAUUAGCAAGCAUAAACACCCAUGUAUGUAUAGGUACAACAUCUAUCAACUGAACUGAACCUUCUCUAACUGAACAAAGUAACUGGCAGGUGUGCUUCUCUAAGAUUCUAUUUGCCUUAAAGAUACAGCAACUUAUAUAAUCACAGCAAAAGUGGCUACAGCAUGGGAACGGAUGUGGUCUCUGUGUAAGGGGGAGUUGAAAAAAGGAGUUAGGGUGAAGAUAAUAACGGAGUGUGUGGGCUGCAAAAUAGACGAGGAAAUAUGAAAGUGGGUGUGGUCUGUGCGGAAGGAGGAUGAAGAAGAGAAUGCAGGGUAAAGGUGAAAAUGGGUAUGAAGGGAGUUGCAAAAAAGGGAGCAGAAGGUAUAGGAUAAUGAAAACAAGGACAGGAAAGUGUUUGAAGAACUGGUGGGCUUAAUAAGUGGGCAGUAGGUGAAAAGGGUGCUUAGUAGUUCAAUAUGUGGAUGGGGAGGAAGAUCCAGCUUAGCGUGGGAGGGGCUGUGUGCAAGGGUGGAUUGCACAAAAUAAGAGGGGAGGCAUAGACACAGGGGUGAAGGUGAAAAUGGGUGCAAAGCAGGGCUGCCAAACAGAAGAGAGAAGUGACUUCAGAAGUGGUGUUGAGAAAGUGAAAAGCAAGCUUAGUAGCUGCAUUAAAAGGUACUGGUCUGUGCCUAUCUACUUAGAGCUCCUCUUUGCAUAGGGUGAGGUGGCACGGCUGCAUGCUUACUUGGGGCAAAGGCUUAUACAACACAGCUGGACUGCCUGUGUGUGUUCAAACAUGUAUUUGUUGAAUGAGCUGCCUUGGACAAUGCAUCUCCCCAGUUUGUGGAGGUGAGCAUGUGUGUGCAGUUUGUCUCCACCCACCAUGUCUGCCAUGCCCUUCAUGGUAUAUGCGAGGCGGGAAAAACCCAGUGACACUUGCACAAUUCUAUGUGCGUAGAUGAUAAUUGUGUGCGUGCUUAAUUUCCUGCUUUUAAUAGGAAAAUCAAACCUGAUGUUUUUCUUUUUGCCUAUGUGCAUUGAUAACUGUACACGUGUGGGCGGCCGUUGUACAUUCCAUCCCCACAGGUAGAGAUGGGGAGGGGCAGGUGACGCUGGUGUGCUACAAAGGAGGGAAGGAGUUGUGCGUGCUUUCUCCCCAAUAUGUGAUGGGCCAGAUCUGGGGGAAGGGGGUUGUAUUGCCUGAUCUGGUUCCAUAUCUAAUAUAGACCUGUGAGAACACCUUUGCGCGAGUAGUCAUAAUAUGUACUUCAAUACAGAACAGUGAGGGGCGGGGAGGUAAACAAUUGCAGCCCAAAAGUCCUCUGCUGUUUAAUUUUAGCAACUUUGGCAAAUCAAAUACAUGUAGACAUAAAUAUUUUUUUUUAGAAUGUGAUAACUAUGUAUUUUUGUAUUUUUAGCUUUCUGCAAAUAAUCUUUUUAAAUUCUCUCUUUCUCUCGCUUAAUGAAAGGCAUCCGGUUUUAGAAGACCAACCUUGGGUGCUAACCUGCGAAGGAAAAGUGGGCUGAAACAUGAAUUGUCCGAGGAGCAAAAGCAGGAGGUCCGGGAAGCUUUCGAUUUGUUUGACACCGAUGGAUCUGGCACCAUUGAUGUUAAAGAAUUAAAGGUAUGUGUGUGUAUUCUUGUAGUGAUUUAUAGUGCGAUCCUAGGGAUGCAGGUGGCGCUGUGGUGUAAACCACUGAGCCUUGGGCUUGCCAAUCAGAAGGUCGGUGGUUCAAAUCCCCACGACGGGGUGAACUCCCUUUGCUCGGUCCCUGCUCCUGCCAACCUAGCAGUUUGAAAGCACAUCAAAGUGCAAGUAGAUAAAUAGGUACCGCUACGCCGGGAAGGUAAACGGCGUUUCCGUGCACUGCUCUGGUUCGCCAGAAGCGGCUUAGUCAUGCUGGCCACAUGACCCGGAAAAACUGUCUGCAGAGCGGACAAACGCUGGUUCUCUUGGCCUGUAAAGCGAGAAGAGCACCACAACUCCAGAGUCGUUUGCGACUGGACUUAACUGUCAGGGGUCCCUUUACCUUUACCUAGUGCGAUCCUAACCAUGUAUGCUUGGAAGUAAGCCCUAUUGAUUUUAGUGAGGCAUACUCUCAGGUUUGUGGUUUUUCUAAGUGAAGGCUGACUGUUUCUUGCUUCAGAACUAUUUCUACAUACAUAAAAAUGUAGCUUAUUAAUACACAAACUGAAACGACCAUAGCUCAGUUAUAGAGCAUCUGCUUUGCGUGCAAAAGGUCCCAGCUUCAACCUCUAUAUAGGACUGGAAAAAUAUAUAUACCAGUCUGAAACUCUGGGAAGCUGCUGCCAGCCAGUGUUGACAAUACUGAGCUAGAUGGACCAUUUUUCUGACUUGGUUUAAGGCAGCUUCCUGUCGUGCUAAUCAGCUGGUGCCCAUAAGUCACACAAGCUUCCAGGUGGCUCUCCCUUAUGUUUCCAACACCAACUUGUGUAUGUAAAAGUGGUUUGCAUUCUAUUACAGGUUGCAAUGCGUGCUCUUGGCUUUGAGCCAAAGAAAGAAGAAAUUAGAAAGAUGGUAGCAGAUAUCGGGAAAGAAGGAAGCUGUGUCAUAGAGUUUGAAGACUUUUUGACUAUGAUGACCCAAAAAAUGGUAAGACAUAAUUUUGCUUUUGUGCAGUUGGAGUAAGAGUCAGCACUUCUUUUUUUACUUCUCUCCCCCUUCCUUUUCUUCAAAGAGUGAAAAAGAUACCAAAGAAGAAAUCCUAAAGGCUUUCCGAUUAUUUGAUGAUGAUGCGACAGGCAAGAUUUCAUUUAAAAACCUAAAGAGAGUUUCCAAGGAACUUGGAGAAAACUUAACAGAUGAAGAGUUACAGGUAAAUGUUUUGCUUUGCUAAGCCUUGAUUCAUAGAUGCUGCAUAUUUUAAAUAGUUGGGUAAUAGUUGGAGCUGGCAGCACUGAGGGUCAUUGGGUUGUUUAAUUGUAUUUGUGCAUAUUUCAGAGGGCUCUGAAGUACACCUGCUCAGCCAUCACUUCUUCCAGGAUAUGGUGUUCUAUUUCCCCCUUGCUGGUAUUCUCCGCACUCCUGCAACAUGCAGUGAUCAUUUUGUAGAACUGAACAUGCUCAGUCCUGAUUGUUGGAAGUUUGCCCCCCCCCUUCCCCCAAGAGAAAGGAAAAAAAAGAAGACUAUUUUUUGUAGUUCUGAAAACAUGAGUGUCUUCAAAUCCUGCUGAUACCUUGUGUUUAAACAGUUCUGUUUUGACUACAUAAGCAGAGGCAUUUGGCAAAAGAGUUUGCUGUUUGUAUUUAGGAUAUUUAUUCAUCAAGCAUUUCAAUUUUGGGCAUUAUAAUGGAGCUGAGAAAACACUUAACAAAAUGAGUGCUGGAUGCUUCCAGGUCAGUGCUUAAUCUUCAGUGUUUUUUUUACAGGAAAUGAUAGAUGAAGCUGACCGUGAUGGCGAUGGUGAAAUAGAUGAACAGGAGUUCUUGAGAAUCAUGAAAAAGACCAGUCUAUAUUAAUGGCUAUGUUACCUAAAAGGUGGCCCGCAAAGAUUUAAAAAUAUUUCUGCUAUUCUUUGAUGAGCUCAAUAGGAUGCCAGGUUUGGAUUGAGGGAGGGAGAUGAGUGGUGCUUUUUUUAGAGAGAGAUUGAGAUUGAUUGAUUGAUUGAGAGAGAGAAUAUCUGCCAAAUAGGUUCGGGGUUGUUUUUUUAAGGUGCUGGAUUUAAACAGUUCCUGACUCAAAAACUCUGCUUCGUAUCUGACCGAAUUAAGAUUUGUUCACACUAUAAAACUUGCAAAAUGUAAGAGCACAGGUAACCUCCUUCCUAGGACUUUGAGAGAUACCACGAUGAUUUAUUACCCCAUUAAAAACAACAAAAAUUACACCAGAAUUGUGACUUGUAAUUCUUCAUUAAAGAAUUUGCAGCAACAUAUGUUUGGUUUGGAUGGUAAAGUGAUAAGAUCUUUAUUUGUCAAUAACAUGUUCCUCGCUCAGCUACACAGGUGAAUAUGUGUGAGCCUUAAUUGUAGCAACAUUCAAUUUUUUCCUCACUGAAAGAAGAAAGGAUGGUACUCUGAACUGAAGGGGAGAGAUUAUGAGGUAGAUGGUUUUGGAUGCCAGCAGUUCCUUACGGAGUGCCAAGCAGAGUUCUGACCCUUAAUGCAACUUAAAUGUGAGGGUGGUCACGAGAGGCUUCCAGUUUUAUCAGGGAAAUGUCAGGGGACAAAUUGGAGCUGCUUAACCCUCUCCCCUCCAGUAGUUUCUUCUCGAAAUUGCCCUCUUCAGCUAGUGAGGAGCAGAUGGGGAUGGAAUUUUGAGCAGGAAAACAUCUGGAGGGGGAAGAGUUAAGCACUGCCUUCUCCUGUUGUUCCUCUGAUCAAAUGGACAGUCACUCAUGAUCACCUUUCUCCUCUCUUGCAUCUUGUUUGACCCCCCACUAUUUGAAUUUUAACCCAUAUCACUGGGAUUCAGCUAGCAACAGUGCUCUGUAUCAGGAAUGGGAAACCUGUGUAUCUCAGGCUGUUGUUGGAUUUCAUCUCCUAUCAGCCGCAGCCAGCCUGGCCAGUGGAGAGUUACAUCCCUAAACAUCUGGAGGGCCACAGGUUCCCUGUCCCUGCUGUAUAUGGAGGUACUUACAGUGUAUGCCACACUGCUGCAAUCUUGUUAGUCAGAUCUUAUAAAGGUAAAGGGACCCCAUUAGGUCCAGACGUGGCCGACUCUGGGGUUGCGGCGCUCAUCUCGCUUUAGUGGCCGAGGGAGCCGGCGUACAGCUUCCGGGUCAUGUGGCCAGCAUGACUAAGCCGCUUCUGGCGAACCAGAGCAGCACACGGAAACACCAUUUACCUUCCUGCUGGAGCGGUACCUAUUUAUCUACUUGCACUUUGAUGUGCUUUUGAACUGCUAGGUUGGCAGGAGCAGGGACCGAGCAACGGGAGCUCACCCCGUCACGAGGAUUCGAACUGCCGACCUUCUGAUCGACAAGUCCUAGGCUCUGUGGUUUAACCCACAGCGCCACCCGUGUCCCUGAGUCAGAUCUUAUAGAACUAUAUAAAUGUUUGCUAUACAAAGCCCUUGAGUUUUGCAAAGACCUAAGUGUAAACUUUUUCUUUCAUUCUGGGAGUAGCCCCAGUGAAGUUAACACAAGCCAUCUAAGGGUGACUUUGGUUUGGCAUGUUUUUAAUGUCGGGUUUGCCUAGGUCUUGCCACACAGUGAGGUCCAUAUGCCAAAUCAUUGCUUUUCACAUGGCAGCUUCUUCUGAGUGGCAUGAUCCUCCACAUGGGUGCCUGAAUCUGUGAUGUGGAAUAUCUUAAAUAAGCAAAUAUGUGGGUGAUCUUUCCAAUGAAAGUGCAUAUAAAUUCUUAACCUUCCCUGAAAGCGUCAGUGCAAUAAAUGCUUUAAAAAGUUCAUUUUUUCUAGAAACAGUUACUUGGUGUUGAUUAACAACUUUUUUGUGGCUAGUAUCUGGGCCGUUAUAUAAGAAAUUACUGUCUCACAGUCUAAGCAGGACCACUUGUCAAUUCCUUCCAUUCUAGGUGUUUUAUAUGUAGGAAAUGCAUGUAUGUAAUCUACUGCUUGAUGUCUCAUAUGAUGCUGUUUUUAAUUUUAUGAGAUCUUCAAUAAACCAGCAUUAGACUGUACCCGAGAGGGGGCCCCCCCCUUUAAAAAUGCAGGCAGCUAUGGUACUUUCUCAAGGUUGGGAUGAUUUUACAGUUUUGCUGGGUCAGCCAUCAAUGAUCUACUGACAGUAGGUUAUGGGCCUAGCAGAGGAUUCCGAUGUUUGACUUCCAGCAUGUUCUAAACCAGCUCUUGCAGUGUUUAGGUUGUGCGUACUUUGGAGUGCAACACUCUCAUGAAAGAAACCUUGCCUGAGUCCCCCGCCCCCAAUGAGGAAAAGUUUUGAGCUUUUUAAUUUAGGAAAAAGUGAGUAAGGGGCAGACACAAUAGAAGAGGAAGUUGAUAGAAACAAGUUUUCCUUCUCUUCUCCUAAUGCUAGAACACAGGAUGGAGAAAGUUUAAUUAUACAAUCCUUUCUCUCUCUAGAUGUAGUGAUGGCAACCAACUUGGAUGGCUUUAAAGAAGGAUUAGACCAAUUCAUGAAGGAUAAGGUCCAUUGUCAGAUGGUAUGCCUUUGAAUCUGACUAGCCCAUUAUACUAAGUGGGUAGAGAGUGCUGUUAUAUGCAGUCCUGUUUGUGGGCAUUUCAUAGGCCUCAUGUUGGCCACUGUGAGAAUAGGAUGGUGGACUGGAUAGCCUUUGGGCUGAUCCAGCAGGGCUCUUAUAUCCAUAUAUAUGUUUGGAAGAAGUGCAAGCCUGACAAGUGAGCCUUAGACACUAGGAAGCGCACUUUGGAACACUUUGAGAGAGGAGCCUGAAGAGGAACUUUUACUUUUUACAUUAGUCACCAGCCACUGUGUACAAGGAUCAAGAUUUAGAUUGCCAGAGAUACAGACAAUUUGGGGCAGGCAGGAAAUCUGAUAAACAGAAAUGGAAAUGUGAAAAAAGAAGUCAGAAUUUCAUUUGGCGUCACAACGCCUGGGCAUGGCGGUGAAGAAAACGUGCAGUCUGCCAAUGAAUGGGGGGAUUUCUCUUCGUUUGGGGCUUUUGGGGACUGUUGAUAUGUAACAGAUUAACGGGAUGCCUUGGAAACAUGAUCUCCACCUACUUUUUUUUCUUUGCAUUUACGGUAAUAAUGGGGAACAGUAGUGAUUUCCCCCCCUUUGGUUUAAGUUCCAUUUUAUUAUUCAUAGUGAAACUUGGUAAGAUGGGCCAAGCUUGAAAGUUACUUCAUCUGUACACCUGUGGGUUAUUUCUCUGAUCUUUUCUUCUUCUUUAAAUUGCAGUCUGAAGUUAUUUACUUGUUCAUGUUCCAAGGCAUAACACUUUGGAGCUACUCUGCUCUCAUUUCCAAUUUCCUGUUUGUUUUUAAUGUUCUGCUUACAUGUAUAUCUGAGUUAUAUUUUGAUUUGGUUCUGGUUUAAUAAAGACAAUUGAAUCCUUAUUGU